GCAAAAUAUAUAAUCUAUUAACAGUAAUUCAAAAGCUGUACCCCCAUAGCUGCUCCUUUUCGUAAACAAACCUUGCAAGGGAGAGGACUAGGCGAGCGUGUGCUAUUCAAGGACCAUGGUGAAGAAAGUGAACCGGCCCGGCAGGCUUUAUGCCAAGGCAGUCUUUACCGGCUACAAGCGUGGCCUGCGGGCACAGCAUGAGACCACUGCCCUUUUGAGGGUGGAGGGUGCCAAAAACAAGGAUGAUGGCAAGUACUACGUUGGAAAACGCUGUGCCUACGUUUACAAGUGCAAAAACAAGACCCCUUGCCCUAAUGGUGGGAAAUCUAAGCUUCGUGUGAUCUGGGGCAAGGUGACACGUAUCCACGGAAACUCCGGGGCUUUGCGCGCCAAGUUUGCCCGUUCACUGCCUGCUUAUGCCAUGGGGAGGAGAAUUAGGAUUAUGAUGUACCCCUCCAGAGUGUGAGCAGUAAAAAGAUAGAAUAU